UUGGUUAAAAUUUGAACUGCCCCAAAUUCGAAGCAUGAUUUUUCCAGCAGAAUAACAAUGUUCAUCAAAUGACAGAGGAAAAUAUUGGAUCGACGCAAUUAAAGAUGAACGACAGCAUUGAUUUUAAUCCAGAAUGCCCCGGCUCUAUAGUGACUUCGACGCCAAAGCCAACUGAAGGAUCGCGUAGAAAGUCGAAUCGACGUUCAUGGUUUGAAAAACCUUCAGGGAUAAAAUACAGCAUCGCUGUAGAAAACCACGAAAAACAUGUGGCUAAAAGUAGAAAAAGUGACACGGAAAUGGAAACAUUGGUGCUUACUCAUUUUACAAAUCCUCCCAAAAUUGGAUUUGGAACUUGCAAAGUUGGCGAUUCAAAGCACCGAACUUUGCUUGUGAAAAAUCCCCAUGAGUAUGCCCAAAAUGUAAAGAUAGAACGGUAUCCACACAAGAAAAACUUUUCCGUUGAGUCAAAAGAGUUUGAUGUAGAAGGAGAUAGCGUGUAUUACCUUGACAUUUCAUGGAAUCCCGAAAAUGAAGGCAACUUUCGAGAGAUGAUACAGUUUUCUGUGGACAGCUCAUACAGACUUCAAGCAUUUGUGUUUGGAACUUGUCAAAAUCCACAACAGAAAAAGAAGACGGGAGGAAAAGGACUUUUGAGUAGAAGAGUAAAGAAACCAUUGUCUGUAGUCUACACACAAAGUUUAGCAAACAUUGCCAAAUCUUACAGUCCAGAAAAAUCAGGGAUCAGCACUGAUACUGUAAAGAUUAAAUGUGUGACAGAAAAGGAGAACAGGCCUGAAUUAUCAGAGGAGACCUUGGUCAGCAAAGAUGUCAAGAAAAAAGAAAAAUAUCACCGCAGGUCAAAUACCUACAGUGCAUAUUGUCAAAGUGAUGUAAAACCUGAUACACCUGAGCAGUUGCACCAAGAGGUUAACUUGUCUGAAGGAAACUCAAUGGCAGAGACUAAGGAGAAUCAGACGUCUGUUGAAAAUGACAGCAAUAACACACCACAAACUAGUCAUGUCAGCGAUGAAUCCAGUGAACAACGCACCAUCAUUGAAAGAUCACAAACAAAGGUCAUCUCCCCUGAUACAUUUGUGCAGGAGUCUACCAUGGAAAGAAGGACAAAAGAAGAGGGUGUAUUGUCAGGAAAUCUUAGUAAAACUCCCCUAUCUGUGACAGAUGCAUAUGCUAAGAACUAUGUGAGUCCCAACUCAUUUUUAAAAGAUUUAAAUGACACCAUAGAGAAUGUGCCAGUAGGUCUAGAUCAGAGUAACUCAAACAGUCCUGAAAAUGUGUUGAAUGAAUCAGUGCCUCAUAACAUCAUGCUUUCUCAGCUUGAGUUUGUAAAGUCAAAUUUGAAAUGGAAUGUGUCAAAUAACGGUGAAAGUUUUACAGGCAAGCAUACAUCUGUCAAAGAGUUGACAAGUAACUGUAUAGGAAGCAUCUCAAGCAAUCCAUUUAGUGUUGUCCCCGAAGGCACUAGUCCUCGCAGAACUACCUACACAGUCAAGAGGCAACGUCCAUCUGGUAAAGCAAUUUCUAGAGCUGCCCCUAAGGUGGCAGGAUGCAAGACUAGUGCUGAUCGCAAGUCUGGGAGCAGUCAAGAAAGAUCUGGGAUUCAAAAGCUGGGCAACAGAAAGCCAAUGAAACGAAGGGCUAGUGGAAGUAUGACCCCAAGCUCUAUCAGAAAAAGUAUUGCUGAUCAAAAAGGCCAAAACCGUGGGAAAAAUAAUGCAUGGGCAAAUACAUUUAUGACAGAACCAACACCUGAAAAAAUGGCAUUGGGAAAGCAUUUGCAUGAAAUACCAAACAGUAUUUGUUUAACACCAGAAAUAUUACAAGAGUCCAAAAAUCAGGAAUCUGCGUGGUCUGAGAAGGGACAUCAGAUGUUAGUACUUCCAACCCCUGAAAGAAUGUUACUAGAGACAUACCGGGGCGAUAAAGCUCCAAGGACACCAUUGUCUCAUCAUUAUAGUGACCUUGUUUUGCCAACGCCCGAAAAAAAUCUGCAGAAACCUCAGCAGCUCACCUCAGCAGGUGUAGGAAAAACCACUUCCAAACUGACUUUCUGUCAUGCAAGUAUGUCAAAAGUUGAAUUUUCUCCCAAGCACAUGCCAAAUACAUGUAGCCCUCUUCUAAACGAUAUUACCCAUGUAGCAGCAUCAACGACAGUCUCAAAAAAUCCAACUGAAUCUUCACAGGUUGUGUCAUCCACAAUCACAAAAGAAAAACCAACAAUUUUAACACCAUCAGCUGAGAGAAAACCCUUUACUUGCCUGUUCACUCCAUCAAAAGACAGAGAUGAGGGACAGUCUGACUCGAGCUGUUCAGAGAAUAGUUUUCCAUGUACUCCGCUUCCAACCAGUCCUAACCCUGACCUCUCUCGACGAUCCACCCAUGUUGUUGAGAAUCCAAGGAUAAUUGAUGGAAGUCUUCUGGAAAGGAAAAGACUCUUCCCUCCACUGGAUGAUGAAGAGCAGGAAAAUAAGGAAAAUAUUCCAUUGAUUCAGAGCCCUUGUGUAAGUGCUUGGGACAAAACGGAGUCUGGAGAGAGGAUAAAGAACAUUGAUGUAGGGUCAGAGGACAAGGUCAUUCCAAUAGGAUAUACGCCCUCUGAGAAACAUUCCGAGAAAGACAGAUCUUUAGAAGUCAAAGCUGAAACAAAUGUGGAAGAGAAAGUAAGCCCAUCCAGGAAGGUUGAUUCCUUUGCAUGUUUUGUGCCAACUGAAGAUCAAACAUCAAACCACAAUAGAAAGGAGGAGACUAAACAUUUGGUUGAAGUCCCCAAAACUAAGCCUGUAAGAUUAAAGUCGAGCAACUUGUCUGAAAAAUCUAUUAAAGGGCUUGUGUCUCACAAACGUAAAGCAGAUGAGGCUGGAAUUCAACAGCAAAAAUCUAAAGCUCCAGUUCAAAGGCAAAUUUCAAAACCAAAAGCAGCAGGGAUUGCAAAGUCCAAACUUAUCUUGUUAAAAAAGUCCAAAACAGCACUGCCAAAACACCCCAUGCCCUUUGCAUCCAAGAACAUUUACUAUGAUGAAAGAUGGAUGGAAAAACAAGAACGGGGAUUUUCGCAGUGGUUAAAUUUUAUUUUGACUCCAUCUGAGGACAUGGGAAACAAUAUUAAAUCUAAAGUUGAUGCUGCAAAGUUGUGUUCAAACAAAAUGGGACCCCAGAAGCUGGCCCCAACAAAAGAGGCAUUGUCUUUCAAAGAGUAUUCAGCCGGUCGUAAACUGAACGGCCUGCGGCGGUCCGCCUGUAAACUGUUCCAGUCUACGCCAGUGGUGACCGUGGUGCAGAAGGUGGAAGUUGAGGUGGAGAGCCAGCGGCUCAUGAUCAGAAAGGACCGCAAAGUCCAUGCCGAUUUAGGUCUGAAGCAAGCUGUUUUGGAUUUGCUGAUGUCUUUUAAUCCAUUGUGGCUGAGAAUAGGAUUAGAGACUGUGUUUGGAGAGAUAAUUGGAGUCCAUAGCAACAGUGAUGUAGUAGGCUUGUCCCACUUCAUUGUGACCAGACUUCUGUCAAAUCCUGACAUAGCGGCUCAGUACGCCCACCCGUCAGUGCCACACCUCUACUCGGAGGGUUUCUCAGAGGCCAUAGCACAACAUCUUCUGAAGAAAUUUUUGCUGCUCAUCUAUUUCCUGGAUUAUGCAAAAUGUCAACACAUGAUUAAGCAUGACCCCUGUCUGUUUUGUAAAGACUCAGAAUACAAAUCCUGCAAAGCAUUGGUGGCAGAGUUUUCACGUCAAUUUCUGGCUGGAGAAGGAGACAUCAACAGACAUCUUGGUUACUUUGGAUACAUCACCAAACAUUCCCAAACAGCACUCGAUGAGUUUGAUUAUGCCGUAAAGAAUUUGUCUACAGAUUUGAAAGAUGGAUUAAGGCUUACACGGAUUUUGGACUUGUUGGAGGAGAAUGUAGUUAUGAAAAGAAACUUGAGAGUACCAGCCAUCAGUCGUUUACAAAAGAUCCACAAUAUGGAUAUAGCCUUUACCAUUCUCAAAGAUAUAGGAAUUGACAUGGAGAAAGAUGCGAAAAAAGUGACAUCAAGAGACAUUGUGGAUGGACACAGGGAGAAGACUCUGCACUUGUUGUGGACAAUUAUCCUCAAAUAUCAAAUUGGACUUUUGCUAAGUGUCGAUCAACUAAAAGAUGAGAUCUCCAUUCUUGAAAGAUCUCUUCAAGUGCGCAACCAACUCCAAGCUCUCAGGAAUUAUGAACAAGGUUUACAACAGAAUCGAAGAGAUUCUCUGUAUGAUGACAUCUACGCAAACAAUGAGCUGGUUUCCCUACUGUUGAAAUGGUGCAGAGUGGUGUGUCUCUUCUAUGGAGUAAAGGUGGAGAAUUUCACAGUGUCGUUCAGUGAUGGGCGUGCCCUGUGUUUCCUGGUCCACCACUAUCACCCCACCCUGCUUCCGGAGAGCCUGAUCCACACCAGGACAACGAUGACGUACCAGGAGGAGAUGGAGAGUCUGGACUGUAGUCUGUCCGACAGCCCCGCCCCCGUGUCAGUUUCAGCCGAUCAAGAUGUUUACAAUGACCUACUGAAAAAUGAAAGGGAAAAUUUCAAAGUUCUGUACCAGAGGUUGACAGAACUUGGUGGUGUGCCCCUGAUGAUCCGCGCGGCUGACAUGUGUAACACAAUCCCCGACGAGAAGGUGGUUCUGACCUACACCAGCUAUCUGUGUGCUCGCCUCCUCAAUAUCCGACAGGAGACUCGAGCCGCACGAACCAUACAGCUAGCAUGGCGCAAACACAUCCUCCACAAAAACAGGGGGAAAAUCAAGCUAAAGAUUAAAGCUGCAAUUAAAAUUCAGAGAUUUGUGAGAAGCUGGCUUCAAAGACUGCAUGUUAAAAAACAAGAGUCCAGUGCCAUUAUCAUCCAGAAGUAUGCCAGAGGAUUCUUAGCAAGGGAGAGAACAAUGCAAUUGCAAAAGGAAAAAAAAAUGAAAGCUGCAAAAGUAGUGUUGCAAUGCUUGAUGGCCCACAGAGAGAGACAGCGAUUUAUUAGGAUGAAAGGUUGUGCUAUAAAGAUUCAGAGUGUCGUUAGGGGAUUCCUUGUAAGGAAACAGGUAGCAAAGGAGCAGACUGCAGCAAGGAGAAUACAGAACUGGUAUUUGUCAUCAAAGGAGAGUAUAAAGAUCAGAAAAGAGUUCCUCAUUACAAAACAAUGUGCUAUAACCAUUCAAAAAGGAGUCAGAAACUUUAUUCAGAAAAGGAGAUCAGAGAAAGAAAUGGCUGCUCUUGUUCUUCAGACGACUUGGAGAGCUUUCUGUACAAGGCGUUGGUACAAAGAGCUGCAGUCGAGUACUAUUGUAAUUCAAAGAGCAGUGCGUACAUGGAAACAAAGGAGAGAAUUCGUUAGAAAGAGAGAGGCAGUCAUGAUACUGCAACAAAAUUAUAGAUGUUACCAGGUAACCAAGCAAUGUAGAUCUAACUUCCUACAAACCAGAUCCUCAUGUAUUGUUAUCCAGAAUGCUUGGAGAAGACGCAUGGAAAUUCGCAAUCAGGCUGCAGUCACUGUUCAGCGUAACUGGAGACAGUUUGUGGCUCUGAGAAAAUACCAAGCUAUAAAGAAGGCAACAGUCACAAUACAAUCUGCUUUCAGAGCUGUAUCUGCCAGAAAACAGUUCUUAAAGAAGAAAUUGGCAGUUUUGAAGAUACAGAAAAGAUAUAGGGAGAUUUUGGAAGGAAAAAAAUUAAGGAAAGUAUUCCUGGCACAGAAAUCAGCAGCAACAACUGUACAGACCUCAUAUAGAGCACAUAGAAUAAGAAAACAGUUUCUCAAGACAAAGUUUGCUGUAAUAAUACUUCAGACAGCAUUGCGCAAGCAAAUAGCAAGGAAGGCAUACAUACAGAAAAGAGAUAGUGCUAUAAAAAUUCAAAGAAAAUUGCAAGCCACCCUGAAAAUGAGGCAAGAUUAUAAUCAGUACCAGUCCAUGAGACAGGCAGCUCUCAGAAUUCAAGCAAACUUCCGAGGACAUGUGGUCAGGAAAGCUGUAAGAGCAGUGAAACAACAAGAGAAAGCAGCCAAUGAGGCUGCAGUCACUCUUCAAUGUCAAUGGAGACAGAUUUUGGCUCAGAGAAAAUACAGAGCCAUGAAGAAAGCAACUAUCACAAUACAAGCUGCUUUCAGGGCUGUAUCUGCUAGAAAACAAUUCUUAGAGAAGAAAAUAGCAGUUCUGAAGAUACAGAAAAGAUGUAGAGAAAUUUUGAAAGGAAGAAAAGUCAGGAAACAGUUCCUUACAAAAAAAUCAGCAGCAACAACCAUACAGGCUAUAUACAGGGCCCAUAGAAUGAGGGAACAGUUUCUCAAGACAAAGUCUGCUGUGAUAGUUCUUCAGACAGCAUUGCGUAAGCAAAUAGCAAGGAAAGCAUACACUCAGAAAAGAGAUAGUGCUAUAAAAAUUCAAACAAAAUUGAGAGCCACCCUGAGAAUGAGGCAAGAUUAUAAUAGGUACCAGUCUAUGAAGCAGGCAGCUCUGAGAAUUCAAGCAAACUUCAGAGGACAUGUGGUCAGGAAAGCUGUAAGAGCAGUGAAGCAACAAGAGAAAGCAGCCAAUGAGGCUGCAGUCACUCUUCAAUGUCAAUGGAGACAGAUUUUGGCUCAGAGAAAAUACAGAGUCAUGAAGGAAGCAACCAUUACAAUACAAGCUGCUUUCAGGGCUGUAUCUGCUAGAAAACAAUUUUUAAAGAAGAAAACAGCAGUUUUUAAGAUACAGAAAAGAUAUAGAGAGAUUUUGGAAGGAAGAAAAGUCAGGAAACAGUUCCUUACACAGAAAUCAGCAGCAACAACCAUACAGGCUACAUACAGGGCCCAUAGAAUGAGGGAACAGUUUCUCAAGACAAAGUCUGCUGUGAUAGUUCUUCAGACAGCAUUGCGUAAGCAAAUAGCAAGGAAAGCAUACACACAGAAUAGAAAAAGUGCUUUAAAAAUUCAAAGAAAGUUGCGAGCCACCUUGAAAAUGAGGCAAGAUUAUGAUCGGUACCAGUCUAUGAAGCAGGCAGCUCUGAGAAUUCAAGCAAACUUCAGAGGACAUAUGGUCAGAAAAGCUGUAAGAGCUGUGAAACAACAAGAGAAAGCAGCCAAAAUGAUUCAGAAGACAUGGAGGUGUCAUGUGAUGAGGAGAAAAUAUCUAGUGCAGAAAAACAGUGCCAAGACAAUACAAAAAGCUUACCGAUCUUGGAAACAGAAAGAACAAGAAAAGCUAAGAAAUCAUGCAGCUGUAAUCUUGCAAAGAAGAUACAGAGCUUUAAAGUGCAUGAUGUUAUCCAAGAAAUCCUAUCUCAGGAUCAAGUCUGCUUGCUGUUUCAUUCAGCAGACCUGGAGAAAACGAGUAGAAAUGAGGAAUAGUGCAGCAUUAAGAAUACAGUCAUACUGGAGAUCAUAUGCUGCUCAAAGAAAAUAUAAGGAAACUCAGAGGCAGGUCAUUACGCUGCAGGCAGCUGUCAGAGGUUGGAGGACAAGGAAAAAUUAUUUAGAGAGGAAGAAAUCAGCUUUGGUUAUUCAACAGUGGUACAGAGCACACCAGAGAGGAAUAGACCAGAGAAAUAGCUUCCUUGUUACCAAAGGAGCAAUAUUGACCAUUCAGGCAGUGUACAGAGGUUAUAAACAAAGGAUACAUUUCAGAAAAUUAAGACAUUAUGUCACAAAAAUCCAAGCUUUAUAUAGAGGUCGCAAAGAGAGGAGGGAAUAUGUAAAGAAAAGAAGUGCAGCUAUGACUAUUCAGAAUCGAUUAAGAGAAAGUUUGAAAUCAAGGCAUCAACGAAGGCAAUUUCUGAUGCAAAAGAUGGCUGCUAUUAAAAUUCAAGCACAAUGCAGAGCAUAUCUGGUGCGGAAUCAAUUUAAAAAGGUUCAAAAUGCCGUCAUCAGAAUUCAGUCUGCUACAAGAACUUAUCUACAAAGAAAACAGUUUCAAGAUAUCAGAGGAAAUGUCUGUAAAAUUCAGAGAAAGUGGAGUGCAACUCUCUCCAUGAGAAAGGCAAGAAGAGAAUUUCUGAUCAUGAAAGGUGCUGCAAUAACUGUACAGGCAUGUUGUAGGAAAUACCAGACACAAAGAAAAUAUCAACAACUGAGGGAAUCAACAGUCAAACUCCAGUCAAUGGUACGCAGUCAUCUUGUUCGCAGAAAGUUUGUGAAAUUAAAGCAAUCUUCACUGAUCAUUCAGAAGCAUUGGAGAUCAUUCAUGGAAAUGAAGAAAGUACAUCAGAACUACCUAAUUCAGAAAGGAGCAGCAUUAACUAUUCAAGCUUGCUUCAGGGGAUACAAAGUUCGUAAAGAAUACACAAAGAAAAUGUCAGGAGUUGUCCGGUUGCAGUCAGCCAUCAGAAGAUUCCUUUGUCAGAAAAGAUACACGGAACUGAGAAGUGCUGUCAUUGGAGUUCAAAGACUUUUCCGAAGAAAAAUGUUGGUCACACAAAUCAGGGAAGAAUUCCUAAUUAUGAAAGGAGCUGCAAUAACUAUUCAAGCCCAUUACAGACGACACCUUCAGCAAAGAGACUACAAGCAGAAAAAGCUCGCAGUUGUAAAGUUACAGGCAUGUCUUCGUAUGAAAACACAGAGAAAAUCAUUCCAAGCCAUGAAAAUUGCUGCCAUUAAAAUACAGAAAUGGUUUAGGAAAGAAGUAUUGAGAAUGAAAGUGAGAGAGGAGUAUCUGAAGAAAAGAAGUUCAGUCAUUACUCUUCAAAGAGCGGUAAGACUUCAUAUUGCUCGCAAAAAGGCUGAUGUACUAAAAAGAUCAGUUGUUUGUAUCCAGGCUCAAGUCAGAAAAGUUAUUGCAAUGCAGAAGUUUCAAAAACUGAAGAAAAGUACUCUUCUGUUGCAAAGGCGUUAUCGAGCAAAGAUUCAGGGCAGAUUAGCUCGUCAACAGUAUCAUUCUAUGCGUAAAGCAGCUAUAACAAUCCAGGCAUGCGUCAGACGAAAACAAGUUCAAAAAUUGAUGGCAGCUCAACAAGAAUGUGCUAAAAGAAUUCAGUGCUGGUAUAGAAGCAGAAAACAACAAAGAGCCUAUAUGGCACUUAGGCAAGCUGUUGUUGUUUGCCAGAAAGCUUAUAGAAAUAAAAGGCUGGGUCAGACCGAGCGCAAUAGAUACAUUGUUACGAUAAGGUCUGUUAGAAGAAUCCAGGCAAUGUAUCGAGGUCACAAGACACGCUGCAUGUACCAAAGGAUGAAACAGGCUAUAGUGAAAAUCCAGUCAUCCUUCAGAGGUUUUCUAGAAAGAGUAAGGAUAAGGAGACUUCAUGAGGCAGCCAUAGUCAUACAGAGAAGUUACAGGGCUCACAGACACAAUGUAAUGGUCAAGCUUCAACAAGCAGAAAGAUUAGCCUAUCUGUCCAGAUUUGCCCAAACAGUCAGGUUUCACAUGUCAGCCAUGGUGAUACAGCAGUGCUACAGGAAAUACUUGUCCCUGUGUCGAGCGGAGGAACAGCUACAGAAGAUCCUAGUGCUACAGAAUUGGUUUAGAGGUAGAAUUUGUCGAAUGAGGUUUCUAAAGCUGAAAAAAUCAAUCCUUACCAUCCAGUCAGCAGCACUGCAAUGGUUGAAAUCCCAGGGUGAAAAAAAGAGACAACAUGCGGCUGUAGUUAUCCAGGCUGUUUGGAGAGGUAGACAGGUUAGAAUGAAGAACAAAUCCAAGAAACUUGAGGCGGUGCGCAAGCGAGUAGUGGAGGCCCACCGGUCGGCCACUGAGGACAAGAAGCUGGGGAACCGCACAGAGUCUGCCCUAGACUAUCUCCUCAAGUACAAACAGCUGUCCCAGAUACUGGAGGCACUUGUUCACCUAGACGUUGCGACUCGCCUGUCCCCGGCCUGCUGUGAGAGGAUGGUGGAGGUGAAUGCAGUGGGAGUGAUCUACACACUGAUCAGCAGCUGUAACAGGAGCCAGCCGCACAUGGAGAUCAUCAAACUGGCCGUCAGCAUCCUGCUCAACCUGGCCAAGUAUGACAAGACCUUACCCUAUGUGUUUGUUGAGGGAUCGCUCGACAUCUUACUGGACCUGAUGCAGAUAUACAGGGAGAAGGGAGUCAUCUUCAACAGAACAUGUACACUAGUCGGAAUUCUGGGAAUAGAUAACCAUCGCAGAAUGGUAAUGCUUUCCCAGCCACGAGUAAAGGAACGAAUUCAGAGUCUUUAUAACUUGUCAGCAAGAAAAUAUCAACUGCAAGAGAACCAGCAGAUGCGACAAGCAAAACUGAACGCUUCCAAAAUGUUUAACUCCACCCUGCCUAUCCGGGGUACCCCCCACAAACCACGCAAAAUCCGGCCGGCGUGGGUGCUGCAUCGUGAUUCAUUACACAACAUAGACAAUCCCAUGCAGGCCAUCAACUUUGUAAUGGACAAUCUGCACAUCAGGCCAAAAUAAAGCAUUUUCCAGCUACUUGCUGUACAGUGUACAAAACAGAUACAUUGUACCCUGCAGAUAUUUACAAAGUGGAUUUAAGUGACAAAACACUCAGACAUACAAGCAUACCAUGUACAUGUUGAUGUGUACAUGUAUGUCACAGUUUUUGAAUGAAUUGUGCAUAGAUUACAUGAACAAGAAUGUACCAGCACAUGCACAUUUUUUUUUUAAAUUGACUUUUCUCACACUUCUAAUCAUGAUUUUGUGUCUUACUUUGACAUUAAACCGACAUGGUCACAAUUUGAUUUGAGAAUUUUCAAAUCUAAACAAAAACGUAGCAUGAUCCUUGUUUGCGACAAAUACAUAUACUGGUAAUUAUGAGCUCACUUAAAAUUUGACAAACUACAACAAAUUUUUAUGAUUUUGUUUUUAUGAUCAUGCGCAAAAAUUAAAUCUUCUGCAUUAAGUGUAGAAUGCGUUUAAAACAACAGAUAUUAUGGAUGAAAAAAAUUAUUUUAUUUAUAAAUUUUUAUUUUAAAUGGUUACAUCAAAUAUUGUUGUUGAAUUUUUAAUCUUGUUAAGUCCAAGACUGUCAAAGUUCUCAUAAUUUAAAGAAAAAUGCAUCAUUAUUUUUUUUAAUUAAAGCAAUAAAUUAUUUUAAUUUUC